GCCACUUCCAUUCGUCAGUUAUUCAAUUGACUUUACAUGAUGAAGAGCUUAACGAUUGUGUUAAUUAUUUUCAUUGGAUUUCAAUUCCACCAGGUCAACACCUUAGACGACGAACUCCUUUCUUUCAUUCCGAUACUCUUGGAUGCUCAAGAAAUCGUAUUGACUGAUUAUCGCACACUUCUCGACAGUGCAAAUAAUGAAAUCGAUUUCAUGAUAAGAAAUCAGCACUCUCGAAGUAUUUCCAGAAUAGGAUUUGUCACUCAAGAAAUGAAGGAUAUAAGAAAUGAAAUCGUCAAUGAAAUUCGUCAAAGAGAAAUUGAAUCAGGAAGAAACGAAUCCACAUGCAUUUCAGAGGUUGAAGAAAGUUUGCAAGAUGCUUCAUUAGUUGGCGGUGACAUGGUGACUCAUGUGGCAAAUCAAUGGAGAUCUCAAAACGAUCAACUAUUUGAAUUAAUUAUUUAUCCCACUAUUAAUGAACUGGAAGUAAUAAUUUCUUUGUUUGAGAUAAACCUUCUGAACUAUUUUGCAAAUGUUAACAGCGUGACGCAAAUGUAUUACUUGCUGUUAUUUUACCAAACCGAAAUUCAAACAUUUUUCGACAUUUUUGAAUAUUUCGUUUUCUAUAUUUACAUCGACAUGAUCAUCUACGACUUGUAUACAACAGAAAUAAACAAAAUUUUAUUCGUUGAACUGAAUGAAGGACUUGCAGAAUUCCGUGAAGCUUCAGACUUGAUUCGAAAUUCCUUGGCUGAAUCUUAUUUGACCAGUGAAGCUUAAAGAAUAAAGAUGCAAAUCAAAACAACUUUUGUGGUACUCUUAUUAUUGGUUUCAGGAAGCCAUAAGGUUCACGCUUUAAAUGAUGUUUUGUUUGACAUCCUCGAUUUCUUCAGUUACAGCAUAAAAUUAUUUGGAAUGCAGAACACGGCUUUGACUGAAAGUAGUCGAAGGGAAAUGACAACUAUGAAUUCAAAUUACAAUGCUCGUGUUUUAUCAAAAAUUGGUUUUGUUGUACAAGAUAUGAAAGAUUUUGAAGCGGAAAUAUCUGAUGCGAUUCAAGAACGAGCAACUGAGAUCAAUAAUAGCAACGCCGAAUGUAUUAUGGAAGCUGAAAAUCAGCUAAGAGAUGCUGUAAUAAGUGCUGGUGCAAGUGUUAUGAACGUUAGUACAAGAGCUGUUGCUGAUAUAAAAGAUUUACAAGAACUUUAUGUUCAUCCUACCGUCACUGACAUCGACAUUCUGGUAUCGCUAUUCGAGAUUGAGAUUUAUGUUGUUCUUGCGAAUUAUAACACGGUCACAAACAUGAUUAAUGUCAUUCUCAUCUUAGAAAGUGAAGUCAGAUUUUAUGGCAUUUUAUUUGAAUAUUUUGUCACUGAUAUUUACGUGGAAAUGUUAAUUUACUCUUCAAGAUUUAACAAUCUUCUUGGAGAGAUUUUUUCACAACUGGACGAUGAUUUGGAAGUAUUCCAAGCAGUGGGAAAUGACAUAAGAGAUUCUCUUGCAAAUUGUAAUUAAGAACAAUUGAAAAAUGUCAUUGAAUAAAACAAGUUAAUGAUCAACAA